AUGGCCACGAGGAUAGGAAGGUGGAAUAGCAAGCAAGGUGGAACAGCAAGAUGGGGAGCUGUUCCUUGGGGAUGGGGGAACAACAUGAAUGGAAAAGUUGUCUCCACCAGUUACGAUUGGAGACAUGACUCUAGUGGUAACCACUCAGCAAUGAUUCUCUUCCAUGUGCUGCUCUGCUUAACUACUCUACUGCUUUCAUCUUGUGCUACUCAGAAUCCAACCUUUGAAUCACUAUCAACUAAAAAUAAUAAUAUCCAAGAGGAAAUAGUGAAUAAGCACAAUGACCUGAGAGCAAAUGUCAAACCUGCUGCAAAUAACAUGUUAAAGAUGAAAUGGAGCCCAGAAGCACAAGAAUCAGCCCAGGCUUGGGCAAAUAAAUGCACUUUACAACACAGUACGAUAAAGGAUAGAACAAUAGGAAAUCCAUGUGGUGAAAAUCUUUUUAUGUCAACUGUUCCCAUGAAAUGGUCAAAGGCUAUCCAAGACUGGUAUGAUGAAGUUUCAAAUUUUGAAUAUGGAAAAGGAGCAAUUGACCCAACAAAACCAAUUGGACAUUAUACACAGGUGGUGUGGUUUUCAAGUUACAAAGUUGGAUGUGGAAUAGCCUAUUGCCCUAAUGCGGCAUUUCCAUACUUUUAUGUGUGUCAAUACUGCCCAAGUGGAAAUUACAAGACUAAUCCUUAUGAAAAAGGACCAUCUUGUGACAAGUGUCCAAAUUCCUGUAGUAACAAACUGUGCACCAAUCCAUGUCAAUACACCGAUAACAUUUCAAACUGUGAAGAUUUGAAAAAGCAAGUUUCCUGCCAACAUGAAAUUCUCAAGAACAAAUGUAAGGCCACCUGUCAUUGUGCCAAUAAAAUUCAUUAA